AUGGAGGAGAGCCAGGCAGCCAUGCCCGGCAUCAGGGAGAGCUUCGGCUUGGUGCAGGGCAUCCUGCUGCGCCUGGAGGUGGUCGUCCUCCUGAGCGCGCUCAUCCUCGCAGCCCUGGUGCUCUACGGCUCCGCGCACCGCCGGAGCAGCGACAAGGUGCUCCGCGGCGCCAUGUGGAUGGCCUACUCGCUGUCCUACGUAGUGGUCUCCUACGCCGUGGGGAUCAUCCAGGACGGGCCCUUCCGCGCCGAGGCGUUCGCGCUCUGGGCGGCCGCGCUGCUCCUGAUCCAGGCCAGCGCGUACGCAGCACCCGUGCACAGCCGCCGCGACGUCGACCAGCGCAAGAGGCUGCUGCUGCAGCACGUCCUCCAGACCGGCCUCGUGCUCUGGCUCAUCCUCAACGCGACCGGCCGCAACGCCAGCUACCGGGCGGCCAUCUGGGCGUUCUGGGCGCUCAACGUGCUCAAAACGGCCGCCAAGAUCGUCGAGAUGAUCAAGGUCAGCCGCCCCGACACGUCCGUCAAGGUGGUCGCCGAGUACAUGGACGUCGAGGAAGCUCUCGCCUCCGACCAGCGGCCUGACCCCGUCACAAUGCAAGGAUACAAGUACAUCUUCCACGGCGAGGAUACAAUGGUGCCGGUCAGCCACGGCGGCGGCGGCCUCGCCCGGCAGGACACUCUGGCGCAGAACGCUGGCAGGUCGGUCGUCACGAUCGACCAGGUUUACAAGUGGAUCGAUCGGCAGCCGUACAGCGAGGUUGAGAAGGACAGGGCGAGGGACUUCUGCCUCGCGUUCGCGCUGUUCAAGCUGCUGAAACGGCGGUUCUACGGGUACGUGCCGGCGGAGGCCGGCUCGCAGAAGGCGCGCGACCUCGUCUUAACUGGGCUCAUCCACGAGGACGCCACCGGCCCCGACGCCGCCUUCCGGGUCGUCGAGGCAGAACUCGCCUUCCUCUACGACUUCCUCUACACCAGGACCAUCGUGCUGGUGGGAGCCAAGACGUACAUCUGCAUAGCCGUCGCCGUGGCGGGCAUCACCAUGUGGACGGCGUUCUUCGGCGCGCUCGGCCCCGGCUACCACCGCCUCCUGAUCGGCGUGCGCAACCUCGACCGCUCCGUCACGGUGCUGAUCGUCGUGAUCACCGCAGGACUCGAGGUGUUCCAGGCGGUGGCCGGCUUCUCCUCCAACUGGAGGUACAUCAAGACCUUGUACCGCUGCGUGCGCGACGACCGGCCGUGGUCGAGGCGGUGGCGGGGCCACCACCUCUGGUGGAAUGAGAGCAUCACGCCGCCGGAGACCAAGUACUGGGAGGACAAGGUCGGCGAGUACGUGCUCCUGGAGCGGUUCCACCACCAUCCGUGGAACCUGCUCUCAUGGCUGACGCUUUACCUGGUGGAGCCGCGGCGGCAGGGCCAGAAGCGAGGGCGGAGGAAGCCGCUGCCGCCCGAGGUGAAGCGCGCCGUGCUCCUCUCGCUCAAGCGUUGCCGUUGCCAACCCACCAAUGGCAUCGCCGCCUUACGAAGUCACGGCCUGCAGACGCGGUUGUCGUGGGCGUGCAAGUUUCCCAAGAUCACCGACCAGAUCCUGGUGUGGCACGUUGUGACCACUCGCUGCGACUGGGCUAGUGACCGUCCUGGCCGCAGUGACACUCUCGCCACCGUCGGCGGCGAGCACCGGCUCAUCGCGACGAAGCUAUCCAACUACUGCGCGUACCUGGUGGCUUUCGUGCCGGAGAUGCUGCCGGACCCGAGCUACAACGCCGAGCAGAUCUUCGACACGGCGGUGCAGCAGGCGCGGGACCACCUCGGCGACUGCAGGACGGAGAGAAGCAUACUCGCAAGGCUAGAGGAGAUGGAGGCCAAUGAGCUGGCGCACCCGGAGGGCAUGGAGAGCUGCGGCGUGCACGAGAGAGCGAGCCGCACCACCGUCAUCGAGCGGGCGGCGCUGCUCGGGGGGCAGCUCAGGGCGGCCGUGCGCACCGACGCGCGGAGAUGGCAAGUGCUGGCCGAGUUCUGGACGGAGCUCGUGCUGUUCCUCGCGCCAUCAGACAACGUGGACAUUCACGCCGAGAUGCUCGGCGCCGGCGGCGAGUUCAUGACGCAGCUGUGGGCGCUGCUGGCGCACGCCGGCGUCCUGGACCGACCGGCCGGUCACGUGUCAGCAACGAUGGGGUGA